AUGGAUGACAGAGACAAGGACAAGGAAAGGGACACAGUCAAUCCAAAGAGGCGGCGGGGUCUUGGUAUUGUAACUCCAAAUGCUUGCACAGAAUGUAGAAAGAAGCGUGCAAAGUGUGAUGGCGAAACUCCUUGCGCAAGAUGUGCAUCUCAAAAGAACGUCGAAUGUGUCUACGAAGUUCCCGUACGUCAAUCAAAAGAGAAUAUGAGAUCGGAAAUCGAACACCUAAAGGCUUAUCAACAACAAAGUGAACGUGUGCUUGCUGCUAUCGCUUCACAGGAUCAAACCGCGCAAGUAAUCGAUCGACUUCGGCAAGGGGAAGGAUUAAAAAGCAUCGCGGACAAUUUGCAAACUCCAUCGCAGGUUUCAUCGGCUGAAGGAGGAAAUAUCACGACAUAUACAAGUUUUACAGAUCAUCAAGCAAUCGGGAAUGCGCUCAGGCCGGUUAGAGGAAUCAUAAUGGCUCCAUUCACAUCAUGGGGAAGAAGUGGUUUGCAAGGACCAACUGCCGACUUUCAACAGGGGGAAAUGCAAGGAAUGUGGAAUCAAUGGCCUGAUACUCACAACAUAUCAUCCGGUAUCGCAGCUAGUGAUGACUUGAUGAAUUGGCAGACAGAACCCGCUAAUCUGCCUGAGAAUCAUGAUCAUCCGGCAAUUGGGGGUACCUGGCCGGAGGAAGCAUCCAAUCAUUCAACUCCGAAUAGUACAGUACUAUAUGCUAGAGGUCAAGGUCAAGAAACGAUUCUCGGUCAAGGAAUUGGUUCGUUACGGGAAGAUAGUCCCACCGUUCCACCCGCAUCAUGGACUAAAGUUACAUCGGAUUCUGAAUUCGUAGACCAUCUUAUGGCACUAUACUUCUGUUGGGAAUAUCCCACAUUCGCCUCUUUGAGCAAGGAGCAUUUUCUUCAUGAUUAUAAGACCGGAAAAACGGAGCAUUGUAGUGAGCUACUAGUGAAUGCGAUAUUGGCUUUAGGAUGUCGAUUCUCUGCUAAUGUAAAUGCAAGAACUGAUCCUCACGAUAGUGGUACUGCUGGUGGACAUUUUUUUGCCGAAGCUACUCGUUUGCUUAAAUUGGAAAAAGACCAACAUUCUUUAACAACAAUUCAAGCAUUGGGUCUGAUGGCAAUUAGAGAGGCUAGUGGAGGCCGCUCCAGUGCAAGCAUUUAUCUUUCAGGGCAGUCGCUUCGAUUGGCAAUUGAGAUGGGUCUCCAUCUUGAAGCAGAGGGGCAGCUACCUAGUCAACCAGUAGAGGGAUCACAAGCCGUACGACUAGCCACAUUUUGGGGAGCCUUCUCCUUAGAUCAAGCUUGGUCUUUGACUAUUGGGCGAGUACCUCUAUUCUCACAUAUUACCCAGUUGAAUGUAAAGCCAGCAAUAGUCAGUUCAAUUGAAGCAUCUGCGUGGAUUCCAUAUACAGAUGAUGGAGCACCACUUGAACGUAAUUGUACUCAACCAUCGAAUAUUAGAAGUGUAUACGCAACUUUUUGUGAGCUUUCUGAACUAGUUCACCAAUCUUUGUAUCUUUUCUAUGCCCCUGGCUCCAAUGUCAACAGCAAUUCGUUGCUCAAAUUAUAUACUAAGUUUCUCCGAUGGUAUGACUCGAUUCCUGCCGCUCUACGUUUAGGACAUAACUUCACACCAUCUGUAUUAUUCUCACAUAUGUACUAUCACUAUACCAUCUUACUUUUGUUCCGCCCCUUUAUCAAACUUUCUCUGAUCGGAUCAGAAGUCUCGCCUCGUGAUGUUUGCAAUCAAGCUGCAGAUGCAAUUUCUGCCCUCACCAGCUCCUACGCUCAGCUUUACACGCUGAGGCGUACUCCCUCUUUUGUACCUCACUUUAUCCUCGCCUCAAGUAUUACCCAUCUCGUGACACUUGGUAAUGCAAAGACCGGCGUGGAGAAAGUCACUCAAGGAAUUGCAGAUCUUAGAGAAAUGGCUAGCUGUCAUGGAUUUGCUGCUCGCGCCUGUAAUAUCCUUCGUCAUCUGGCUAAGAAAUGGAAUAUUGAAGUCCCUGAUGAUAGCCAAGAACCAAUAGAACCUGAUGUCUUCGAUGCCCAAGCUCGACCUUCUCCCAAUUCUCUCAAUCAAUUUUGUACACAGGUUGAUGAGGCGGAUAUGAUGCGCGGUAUUGGUUUGGCAGGGGAAGAAGAAAAUCCUCUCUUUUGGCCUUUCCCUAUGCAGGGAAGACCAUUAAUGCAAUAUGCUGGAGGUAAUUUGGGAAAGUUGGGAUUCGAGAGGUUAAAAAAAUGA